GAUUUUCAGUAUAAGAAAAGAUUAAACUGGGACGUGCACGGCCAUUGCUGACCUCCAGCAAUAUUCACACAACAAUGAUCUUCAACAUCUCAGUUUUCUGCGUCUCUUCACUUCUUCUUUUACACUUGGCAGGAGCCAAACCGGUUUCAAGUUUACAGACUCUGAAGCAGCUUUUAGAUGAAGAAAUAAACGCGCCGCUAGUGGAGUCGCAGGAGUCCGCGAUGGAGCAGGCGGAGGCGCGCACAGAAGAGCGGCAGUUGAAUCCGGACCAGCAGGUGCGCACCAGCACCGCUCUCGAGCGCGUACUUGGAGAUCUACUGUCCACAUCCAAACGCUCGUGGAGUCGCUUUAAAAAAGGAGGGUUGAGGAGCUGUUUCGGGGUCAGACUGGAGAGAAUCGGCUCAUUCAGCGGGCUGGGGUGUUAAACUGUGCAGGUCGGACUGUUACUGUAAAGGUCCUCGGAACAGACAUCUUUCUGCAGGUGUAGGCUACAAAUUUGUGUUCAGCUGAUAUCUGAUGGUUAUUAUUUAUUCUGAAUCUAGAUCUGUAAAUAGUUUAUGUAAAGAGACUGCUGCUAUGUUGCAUCUGUUUAUGUAUUUAUUUAUUUAUUUAUUUAUGUUCGUGUUAUAGAUGAUGUAUAUUGCUGCAAAAUAAAUAUUUUGCAUAACGUGUGUGUCAGCUUGGUCUAAAACUAAUGAUGAAUGUGUGCAUGUCUUUAAAGUUAAAUGUAAAAACAAUUCUGUAGAAAUUACAGUAUUGUAUUACUGGCAACUAGCUGUAAAUAACUUACUGUAGAUUUUACAUUUACGUUAUUUACUGGCAACAGUUUGUUUAAAGUCAAAUGAACAUGAAACAUUUUCAGUCUUUAUCUUCUACAGUAAAUUACUGGCAACCAGCUGCAUAAUUACAGCUAAUUUUUUACAGUGGUAUCUUAACAUGCAGGUGACUCUCUUUAGGUAUUUUUAUCUGUGAUAAGAUCUUAAUCGGACUCUGACAAAGAUAAUGAGCCUACAGGAAAGUUGAUGAAAAUAAAAUACAAACACAUAAGCAUUUAUUCUUCUUCACAGAUUAAAUAUUUGGAUGUACAGACAGACACUAAGUUUGAAUGGAUCUUAAGAUGUCAACACAUAAAGCCACAUUUUAUUUUUGUGUUUAUUUGACCCACCACCCAACUGAGCUGACUGUGGCAUUAACAUGUCACAGUCAAAGAACCCAAAAACGACAGUAAAUCUACUAUAUGAGAAUAAUGAAGAAGUUUGACAGCCAAUCUAAACCUGUAAAUCAUCAGACUUAACAUAAACCAAAUGCAUUAUCUAUUUCUUGUUUCAUCUGUCUAUUUCUAGUUAUCAAUCCAUCUGUCUGUCUCAUUUCUUUUUGCAGUUUUCCAGUUUUCUAUUCAUUAUCAAAACCACUUUUAUUAUAAGGUCACAUGUAUAUGUUGUUAGAUCCAAUCUGAAUAGCAAUGAUUGUGACUGAAUACACUUGUAGAAAUAUUAGUUGUUUUAUUUUUGUGCAUGCAUAUUGCACAAAUGUAUUUCUUUUAUAAGGUCACAUGUUGUUAGAUCCAAUUUGAAUAGCAAUGAUUGCGACUGAAUACACUUGUAGAAAUAUUAGUUGUUUUAUUUUUGUGCAUGCAUAUUACACAAAUGUUGUCAUAUAAAAAACAAAUUUGUGACCCUGGACAACAAAACCGUCAUAAGGGUAAUUUUUUUAUUGAGAUUUAUACCUCUUAUGAAACCUGAAUAAAUAACCUUUCUAUUGAUGUAUGGUUUUAGGAUAGGACAAUAGUUGACCAAAAUACAACUAUUUAAAAAUCUGGAAUCUGAGGGUGCAAAAAAAAAAAUCUUGUGAAAAUUACCUUUAAAGUUGUCCAAAUGAAGUCAACACAUUACUAAUGAAAAAUACAUGAUUAAUAUAUUUAAUAGAGGAAAUAUACAAAAUAUCUUCAUGGAACAUGAUCUCUACUUCAUAUCCUUUUUUUUUUUUGCAUAAAACAAAAAUGUAUAAUUUUGACCCAUUCAAUGUAUUGUUGGCUAUUUACCAGUGUGAUAAUGAUAAUGUUAACCCAUUUUGGAGUGAAUUAAUUAUGCAAGACUAAAUAUAUAGUCUUACAUGUCACUUUUAUAACACAGGGUGUUCAACCUUAGUUGGGCCGCUUUAAAAAAAUUAAAGAGAAUAUACUUUUUUUUUGCGGUCCAGGGUCAAAUUUAAAAAUUCUAAAUAGUUUCUUAUAUCUUAUAACAAC